GGCCAUCGGCACUCCCAAUAAUAGCAUGCACACACAGUUUCUACAGAUAUUUUACAAUUUAAUUUUUUAAAUCGUUACUUUCUAACCGAAUAACAUGCGGGUAAUUAACAGUAUGAAAUAUGAACGGGUCAUUAGCAGGAGGGACGAGUUAUGACGUAGCCGUUGGGAGGAAAAUUGAAACUUUGGCGGGAGAACACGGAAAGUACAGUCAGACCGUAGCGCCGCAACACAUGUGCCUUGUGUUAUGUCAGUAUCAGCCAUGGUGGCGAGAGGACUAAUACCGGUUCUGGUGUGUCUGUGCGUCUUCUGGUGUCUCAGCGAGACUGAGGUGCUGCCGGAUUCCGAACUUGGUGAUGUCUGCAAGCAGUCCGACGGGAAGAACUGGACCUGCAAGCCGGUGAUGAAUUGCCCCAUGGCUGUACAAAACCUUCAGGAGAAUAUAAAAAAUGUACAGUGUCACUUCAAAACUACUGAGCCAAUCGUUUGUUGCGAGCCUUUAGAUAUCUCUAAGCUGCUACCUCCACCCCCUGCCUCACUGACAAAUUCUUCAUCGCCUCCGAGUCCAGGAUAUAAGAGUAAACAGAAAUGCGUGGAAUACGCAGAGUACGUAUCCUUCAAAACUCCGGUCUUUUACAAAGCCACCAAAGGAAAGGACGCACAACCUCAGGAGUAUCCACACAUGGCUUUGAUAGGUUACGGAGAGAAAGAUUCUAUCGAGUGGCUCUGUGGCGGCAGCUUGAUCAGCAGGAAAUUCGUGAUCAGCGCUGCCCACUGCACUGACAGUGGAAUCCAAGGACUGGCCAGUUGGGUGCGACUAGGAGAUUAUGACGUAUCUACCAACAAUGAUGAAAACCACGGCCUAGCCAAGGCUGAAGACUACGAGAUCAUAGAGAGAAUCGACCAUCCAGACUACCAAAGUCCUUUUGCGUAUAACGAUAUCUCUCUGUACAAACUGGAACGGGAAGUACAACUGAACGAGUUCAUCAGACCCAUCUGUCUUCACACAGGAGGCAAGAUCGGUGGUAACGGUUUUGCCCUCGCUACCGGAUGGGGUAGUAUGGGAUGGCUACUGAAAGGCAGUAAGGUGCUACAGAAAGUGAAACUGGAGCUUAAAGCAAAGACUGUCUGCGAGACAUCUUACAAGGCUGGUCCCAGAUUACGCGACGGUAUACAAGUAUCUUCCCAGUUUUGUGCUGGAGACUCGAUAAACGGUGCAGACACCUGUCUGGGUGAUUCUGGCGGGCCAAUUCAGGUUGCCCUGGAUACACCUCAUGCCAUGUACAGCCUAAUAGGUGUCACCUCCUUCGGCGGCAGGCCUUGUGGCGGGAACAAGCCUAGCGUCUACACGAGAGUCUCUAACUACAUUCCCUGGAUAGAGAAUACCGUCUGGCCUAACUUUCCUUUAGAUACGUAGACUGGAGUGAUGCAGUGUUUGUAAGAUCUCAUUAUUUAUUAUAAUUUUUAUAUUAUUAAAAAGCAAUCAUUUUCUAAACUUGAUAAUUAAAUGAUAACAAUUU